GAUGUUAGCCAUCCAUUUUUAUAAAUCAGUCGUCGUCGCCGUACCACCUCAGCGCAUCACUCAAACUCUUUAAAUACUCCCAACUCCCAAAGCACCAUACUGUCAUUUCUGUCUCCAAAAUCAGAAAGAAAGAAAGAGAGCAGAGAGAAGACGCCAUGAUGAAGCUCUCAUGCAUCUUCUUGUCGCUUGUGCUGCUCCUAGUCUUCCUCGCUGCAUCUGCCGAGUGCAGGUGUGAGAGUAUGACGAAAACCCAGUUGUCUGAUCUUGAGAAACCUUACAAUAACACUAAGCACCAAGCUCUCAAGUACAAGCUGGCGGCCAUCUUCUCCAUCCUCACCGCCAGCUUCCUUGGCGUCUCCCUCCCCAUCCUGGGCAAGAAGCUUCCCUCCCUCCACCCAGACAACCCCAUCUUCUUCCUCAUCAAGUCCUUCGCCGCCGGCGUCAUCCUCUCCACGGCCUUCGUCCACAUCCUCCCCGACGCCUUCUCCAGCCUCGCCAGCCCCGACCUCAGCGAGAACCCGUGGCACAACUUCCCCUUCGCGGGGUUCAUCGCGAUGCUCGCGGCGAUCGGGACGAUGAUGGUGGACACGUUCGCGACCAGCUACUUCGAGCGGUCGCAUUUCGGCAAGGCGGCGGACGAGCCGCCGCCAGCGGCAGGGAAGGGGGACGAGGAGAAGGACAUGCACGAGGGGCACGUGCACGUGCACACUCAUGCGACUCACGGACAUGCUCAUGGCUCCGCCCACGACUUCAAGUCUUCUGAGCUCACAAGGCAUCGUAUCAUUUCUCAGGUGCUGGAAUUAGGGGUGGUGGUCCAUUCGGUGAUUAUAGGAGUAUCACUAGGAGCAUCCGAUAAUCCUAGAACCAUCAAGCCUCUUGUGGCAGCACUGACCUUUCACCAGUUAUUUGAAGGCAUCGGACUUGGAGGGUGUAUUUCUCAGGCCAAGUUCAAGUCCCGGAAAAUAGCGGCGAUGGUGGCGUUCUUCUGCCUCACGACGCCAGUAGGAAUAGGAGUGGGAAUGGGGAUGUCAAGCAUGUAUCAGGAGGGUAAGCCGAGCGCUCUCGUGGUGGAAGGGUCGCUCAACUCUGCAUCGGCUGGGAUACUGACUUACAUGGCGCUCGUGGAUCUGAUUGCAGCCGAUUACAUGAACCCCAUCAUGCUCCACAAUCUCAAGCUCCAGAUGGGUGCAAAUCUAUCCCUCCUCUUGGGCUCUGCCUCCAUGUCUCUCUUGGCCACCUGGGCAUAGAAAACAGCAAAUGCACCUGUCUUUGUUUGUCCAAAUAAGAUCCUGCGAUCUUUUUGCAA